UCUCUCGCUCUCUGUAUGUGUGUGUGUGAUCAUACGUUGGUUUAUGCCGCGCACUGUCCUUAUCCUGAUCAACAUGAGCACUUAUUGCAGAAGACCCACGAGAACGAUCAAAUCCACCAAAUGAUGUCAUUUCAGACAUACAGGUCUCAACACCUCCCUCGCAGCCUACCAUUGCUAUCCAUCUGCUCAAACUUUUCUGUGGUCAGUGCCACGCGACGCGUUCCGACGCGACGAAAGCCCACGGAGCGGUAAUGAAAGUGGAUCUAUCUCUUCUUUUCUUUUGGGAGGACUUUCACCGUCGGCCGCUAACCACUAGUAAAGCUUACAAGGUCCCGCUGUGAACACUGCGCGCGAAUAAACGAGGAAAAGACAACUGUCGCCAUACAGAAUGCGGGCACUGUGCAGUAUUCUGGAUCCUGUACUGCUGCUGAUACUGUUCGGAUACUACCCGUCUAUGACCGUCGGCCCUAAGGAGGGCUGGCAGGUGUACAGUUCGGCCCAGGAUGCUGACGGCCGAUGCAUCUGCACCGUGGUGGCCCCAGAACAGAACCUCUGCUCCAGAGAUGCCAAGAGCAGACAGCUCCGCCAACUGCUGGAGAAGGUACAGAAUAUGUCCCAGUCAAUUGAAGUGUUGAACUUACGAACACAGAGGGAUUUUCAGUACGUUAUUAAAAUGGAAAGUCAGAUGAAAGGACUGAGAUCAAAGUUCAGACAGAUCGAGGCUGACAGGAAAACAAAAAUGACGAGAAACUUUCAGGAGUUGAAGGAUAAAAUGGAUGCGCUGCAGCCCUUGAUCCCAGUGCUGGAGCAGUACAAAAUGGAUGCCAAACUGAUCUCCCAGUUUAAAGACGAGAUCAGAAAUCUGUCUGUGGCACUGAUAGGGAUCCAGGAGGAGAUUGGGGCCUACGACUAUGAGGAACUGCACCAGAGGGUCCUCAGCCUGGAGAGUCGGCUGAGGAACUGCAUGAGCAAACUGACAUGUGGCAAAUUAAUGAAAAUCACUGGACCUGUGACAGUAAAGACAUCCGGAACCCGGUUCGGGGCAUGGAUGACUGACCCUCAGGCAUCUCUAGAAAAUAACAGGGUUUGGUAUAUGGACAGUUACACCAACAACAAGAUUGUCCGUGAGUUCAAGUCAAUGGAUGACUUUGUGUCUGGAGUGGAGUCGCGAACCUACAACCUGCCUUUCAAAUGGGCCGGGACCAACCACGUGGUCUACAAUGGCUCCUUGUACUACAACAAGUACCAGAGCAACAUCAUUGUCAAGUACAGCUUCGAGACGGGCCGUAUCCUGGCCCAGCGGGCGCUGGAGUACGCCGGCUUUCACAAUGUCUAUCCAUACACGUGGGGGGGCUUCUCGGACAUCGACCUCAUGGCAGACGAGCUGGGUCUCUGGGCUGUGUACGCCACCAAUCAGAAUGCCGGCAACAUAGUCAUAAGCCAAUUGGACCCUCAGACUCUGGAGGUUCUCAAGACCUGGUACACAGAGUAUUCCAAGCGGAACGCCGGGGAGUCUUUCAUGAUCUGCGGGACCCUCUACAUCACUAACUCUCACCUGACCGGAGCCAAAGUCUACUACGCCUAUUCCACCAAGACAUCCACGUACGAGUACACGGACAUCCCCAUUCACAACCAGUACUUUCACAUGUCCAUGCUAGAUUACAACGCCAGAGACAGGUCCCUCUACGCCUGGAACAAUGGCCACCAAGUUCUGUUCAACGUCACGCUUUUCCACAUCAUCAAAACAGACGAUGACUCUUAAAAAGGAAUACUUUACAGAAAAAAAAAAUACUUAUCAUUCCUGGUGAAGCACUUUUGUAAAAAUAUAUUUUUCAUUCCUCCAAAGUGGACUGCAUUUACAUUUAUCAUUGUUCCUUGAAAUAAUGCCUUUUAUAGAUUUGCUUGAAAAAAAAAAAACAGCUAUAGCCUCCAAUACAAUUAAGUUAUGAAGAGAAUUUAUUUAUUUAUUCUUGUCCUGCUUUGCAUUUUUUCCCAAAAUUAGUGAUUACACAAGUGAUUAGUUCUUGUGUAAUUGUGCUAAUGAAAGCAUGGAGUUGGAACACUGACCAGUGCCCUUAUUUUUCUCUAAGCACCAAUAAGCUUGCCUUAUUUACAGUACCUAAUUCUGAUGAUGUUGUUGAUGAAAGUUCUGUCAGCAUUCGCUAAUAGUAUGGAAAUAAUUUACCAGAUUUUCCAUCAUUCUUAAUAAUUUGCUAAUGAUUUAAAUUUAGUCAUUUAAAUAUUCAGUUGCUUACACAGUUCAUAAAUGUUUAAGGAACAAAAUGCAGUAAGGCCUCUUGCUGCAACCUUCAUGCAGUUGGUGACAUCAUAAACUGCGCUGUGUAAGGUUAAGGCCACAGUCCUUGACAAUGGGCUAUAUCAGAUGUUUUCAUAAACCAGUAUUUUGAAUUAAACUUUAAGGGGUAGGGAUAUCACCAGUCACGUAUGGCCUCAACCUUCCUUCUUACACACAGUGAAAAUAAUUAAUAUUUUGCAAUAGGGGAAACUUCAUUUUGUACAAGAAUGAUUAGCAUCCCUGUUGCCUGGAAAACUUCAAAAUAUGAGCUGUUCUGUCGUAUAAACAGUUUUAAUUUGUGAUAAGCUGCCAUUAUGCCAAAAAUGUUUUCUAUCUUUGAAUCUAUAUCCAACCAGGGCACUGUUUCCCAAAGCCCUCAUCGUGCUAAGAUCACCGUAAGAACCCUGGUAAGGUGCAUCAUUGAUAUUCAAGGUGUCCUCACAACUAACAUUGCUCUUAAAAACCAUCAUAACUUGCCCCAGACCACUCAGGGCAGCUAAGUGUAUCGUAAAGGCACAGAACUGCAGUUCCAAGCGCUCUCCAGUUUCUUCCUACACUAAGGAAAGCAUUUAGAAUCGAAACACAGAAUAAAUGAACUAAAUUAAACUGAAUGUCUGCUCAUACAGUAUUUCAUUAUCAAAGUCAAAAUAAUGUGGGUACAGCUAACAAAUUAAAUGCAACGCAUAUGAAUACAUUUAUAGUAAAGAGAUGGUAAAAGGAUGUAAAUGGGAUUAUAUGUAAAGAACGUAAACUGUGUAAGUCACUCUAAAUAAGAGUCUCUGCUAAAUGGCUAAAGUGUGAAAUGAAUACAAACUAUAUUUAAAUUUUAUGUCCACAAAAUGAAAUUGCGGUUUUGAUUAUUUUUAGACAGACUAGUCAUCCUUAAUGAGCAUUUAACUCUGCCUAUGAUGUACUCUGUGCCGUUUUGGUCAGAAUGUAACAGAAAUGUAACAUGUUAGCAAUGAUGAAUCUUUAAGUUCUGUUAUAUUGGGAAACAGUGCUCUGUUCCUAAAGAAUAUUGUAAAUUAUUGCGGCCACCAUCCCAUUUACCUGUAAGAAUCAAUGCAUUGUUUUCAUUAAGUACAGUGAGCUGUGAUAAGUUGUUUUCCCUGUUAAAUUGGAAUCAUAUAUGUGUACGUGUUAUCAGUAUUAUUUUGUGUUUGUAUGGACAUUCACUGCUGUAUAUUUAUCUUGUAUUUAAGAAUAUUCAUUUUAAUGUGAACAGUUGAAUAUAUAUUGUAAGUUGAUGUAGUCUUGUCACAGCUGCUGGUGUAAAUGGUUUUAAGUGACAGCAUCAUACUUAUAGUCAAACAAUUUAACUUAAUAAGAGCACAGUAAAUUUAUGAGAAUGAAGGUGGUGUGAAACAUUUGCCAUCUUCUGUCAUUUAAUCCCUGUAAUGUUGUUUUGUGCUGUAGCUAUAGCACAGUCUGUGGUUCGACCACACCUGGUCUCGUCUUCUCGUUUGUACUGAGCCUUCAGUGCCAGUAUCUGAAAUUUACCUCAGUCCAGAUGGCCAAUUUACACCCCCACAUGUUUAGGAUGGAGAAAACUUUGAAAAUAUUUUUUAGUCACUUUCCCGUUAUCUGCAUUAUUCUGUACUAUGUAGGAUUGGAUUUUAACGUCUGUCUAUAACGACAGGACAGUGAGCACACUAGCAUCGUAGUUAUGAUCAAAGAUGCUGGUCUUAAUUUAAACGUGAUGCACUUCUAUAUUUAUUUUCUGGUUUGUACCCAUUUAUUUUCUUCCACUUUUUCGCCCAGCGGAAACUUGUUGAAAUUGUGAACUGAGGAUUAUCGUGAUAUAAGUCACUUUUGAGUCGCAUGUACUUGUCCAACGGAGGAGGGAGGAUCUAAUGUGCUGAUGUGGCAGUAAUUCAAGGAACGCUGACUGGCUCAAACUCAUCCAACCCCGGAUAAGACGAGGUGGCGUCCUGAUGGCGUGUGAGUCCCGGUAUAGUUCACUAAUGACUGACCUGGCAUUUAGACCACCAGUAGAUACAGUGCUUGUGCUUUAUGGUCUGAACACUAAAGGUACAAUAUUGAUGAAGGUCAAUCGCAAUCCCAAAGCACAUGAUCAUCUUUGCAGUGUAAGAGGGUUCCCUGGCAUGUGGAAGGUUCCCGUGCUUCCACAGGGACUGGUGGAUAGACAAAGGCUUUGUGCUCGUGCGGACCUUUAAGAUGUGUGCUCCCAAACUUACACAUUAUUGAGAAAUGCACACACUCAGUUUUCCAAAUGAACCACUGAAUUAUCCAGCAAUCUCAGCCCUCCGAACAAACAGUCCUCGCUUGAAGAAUGCCUUCCUGGGUCCCUUCUCAAGGCAGUAAAAUUGUCAGCCAAUACCGUGUAUGAUUUGUUUUGGAACUGCCUUUUCAAUCUGAAAAGUUUAUUUCCCUUAGGAGAAAAUCCCAGUUUAAAAUGUCACUACAUUGUAGUAGACCACAGAAUGGUUCAUGCUUUCAUCCAGAUUGUUAUGUUGACAACGGUCCUCCUUUAAGUGGCACAUCUCUGAAAGUAUUUUUCGCGUUGUCAUUUUUUAAAGUAAAUGUUAUCAUCCUUUAUAUUUUAUCACUGAUUAAUAUCCCCUGAUAACAAGAACUCAGAAAUACUUAAGUUAACCAUCGACUACAAUUGGUACUGUAACUUUAG